AUGUCUGCCUCUUUAGAUAAAUCCCUUGACGAAAUCAUUGCCUCCAAGCCAGGUGUCAAGAAGACCUUCAGAUCUAAGAAAACCGGGAAUAAAAACGCCAAAGUCGGCAAAGCCCCUCACAAAGCUCGCCCUGGUGCUAAGAAAACCAUCUCCCCUGCUGCUGUUGCUAAAGUUAUCGAUGCUUCUUCUGCUUCUAAAGCUGUUAUUUACGGUUUACCAAAAGAUAUCAAGCAAGAUGCUGUCAAAGAGUUCUUCCAAAGUCAAGUCGGUGGUGUUCACACCGUUGCCUUGAGUUACAAUGAAAGAGGCCAAUCUAAGGGGAUUGCCACUAUUAUCUUCAAGAACUCUCAAUACGCUCAAAAGGCUGUCACCAAAUACAAUGGUGCCCCAAUUGACGGUGGUAAGAACAACUUAAAAAUUGAAUUGAUCUUGGAUCCAACUAAAAAGCCUUUGACUGCCAGAAUCCAAGCCAACGAGAAGAGAUUGGCAAUCAAGGCCAAUGCCCCAUCUAGGGCUAGUAAGCCAAAGAAGGCUGCCGCUAAGAAGCCAGCCGCCAAGAAGCCAGUCAAAAAGGCCAAGAAGACUCUUGAAGAAUUGGACCAAGAAAUGACUGAUUACUUUGAAAAGAAGGAUUAA